GUUUUGAGUUUUUUUGCCUUGCAGGAAGAGCGUACACGGAAGAAGAGGGAGGAGGAACAACGUAAGCGUGAGGAGCGCGAACGCAAACGUGCGGAAUUCGCUGAAAAGUCAAAGCUGACUACGCGUCGCAAUUUCGUCAUCAACAAGAAGGCUGGAUCUGUGGAGCAAGUGGAGGAGGUCAAACAGGAGGAGGUGCAGAAGUCAAAAGAGCAGCUGGAGGCUGAAAGAAAGGCAAUUCUGGAGCAGCGUAUCCAGCCUCUUCAAAUUGAUGGCUUGAAGGGUGAGCAACUGCGCGCCAAGGCUAAGGAACUCAACGACAUCAUUCUGAGACUUGAGGGUGACAAAUAUGACCUCGAGCAGCGCUUCAGUCGUCAGAGCUAUGACGCAAGUUUCCUUUUGUGCGCCAUUCACUCAUCUACCUCUUUCUCCACACAUCCGUUCAUUCAUUUAAGCAUUCCUUCAUUCAUGCAAGAGCUAGCUGAGCGCGCUAGACAAAUGAACAAAGGGGACAAGCGUGGAACUAAGGUGCAGAACACACCUGAUCCACUUGCUGCAAAAAUCAGUGGUCUUCCACCAAAGAUCUCCAUGUACAGCGAGUACGAGCGUGUAAAGGACCACCGUAGCUUUAGCGAGCGUCAGGGUGUCUUCAGCGGUCCCCUCUUCGUAGAGAGAUAUGAGAGAAUCGAGCCCAAAGUCCACGUAGUGAUGACGGAGGACGGCUUCCAGGUCGGUGAUGCACCUCACCACCCACCGCCUCCCCCUGUAUCCGAGACACCCGCUGAACCAACUGAGCCUGUCGCUGUCACCGCAGAAUAG